AUGCCAGGCGCAAAGUUGUGGGCAAAGAUGAUCGGAUCGGGCGCUGUCCUGUGUAUUGGCGGUCCUUACCUGAUCUACUACGUCACGCCAACCGAGGAGGAAUUGUUCAUGAGAUACAACCCCGAGUUGCAGAGAAGAUCGCUGGAGAACCGCAAGGAGAAGCAGGAGAACUUCAAUGAGUGGGUCGCACAGCUUAAGAAGCACUCGAAGAGUGAUUUGCCUCUCUGGACAGCCUGGGACAAGGAAUCCGCCGCACACAAGGAAGCAGGCACAGCCCGCCUGAUCGAAGAGCGCAGAAUUGCCGAACAGGCCGCACAAGCCAGAAGAGACGAGAUCAAGAACUCUGCCGCCUAG